AUAUAGCUAUUUAGAAUGAAUGAUAAUAACAUUUUUUUAAACUGUACUUAUAUCACGCGCAAUCCUUGGAUCGCAGAAGAUUGUCCCUCGGUGCAGCCCGUACGUCACCACAGCUUCAGAAACAGGAACAACCACAGCGCUCAGGUUUUUGAGGAUUGUUUUCGCAUCGACUGCUGGUUUCUCUGCUCCUGUCAACAUGGUCAACGUCCACAAAGGUGUCCUCGUCGAAUGCUGUUCCCUUUACUACCCUCUGCUCACUGGACCAGUGAUCCUGCCAUGAAGCAGUUCCUCCUCUACCUGGAUGAAAAAAUGGCCUUGGGAAAGAAGUUCAUCCUCAAGGACCUUGACGACACACACGUCUUCAUCCUUGCAGAGGUGGUUCAGAUCCUGCAGGAGAGAGUUGGCGAGUUAAUGGACCAGAAUUCUUACACCUUCACGCAGAAAUGAGACAGUCUUGCUCCUUGGAUUUGAGGCUGUUUAAGAGAUCGUCCUUAAAUGAACAAUUGUUUGCAAUGUUUUAACUGCAGACUGAAAUGGCACAGUUGAUAGCUUUUUGUUACAAUAUUGUCAAAAUAACUUUUAAAAAAGUUGUAAAAAUA